AUGUCUUUGGGGCUCAUUUCAACAUUUUCCAUCCCAAACAAGCAAGGGGAUGGUGCUAUGAGCAGCCUCUUGCUGUGCUCAAAGGCUGGAUCUUCCUCCUCUGCUCUGAGCCGUGCUUUUUCUCUAAGUUUCUGUGAGCAGAGGAAGCUCAACAAGUUUGCGGUUUCCGCGUCGAACGAGACGAAGACAGCGACGGUGACUGGGGUGGUGUUUGAGCCGUUUGAAGAGGUCAAGAGCGAUGCUUUUGUUGUUCCUGUGUCCCCUCUGCUAUCUCUUGCUCGCCAGCGUUACGCAGAUGACUCUGAAGCUGCAAUCAACGAGCAGAUCAAUGUGGAAUACAAUGUGUCUUAUGUGUACCAUGCCCUCUUUGCAUACUUUGACAGAGACAAUAUUGCUCUCAAGGGCCUUGCCAAGUUUUUCAAGGAAUCAAGUGAGGAAGAAAGAGAUCAUGCUGAAAAGUUCAUGACAUAUCAGAACAAACGAGGUGGAAGAGUAAAACUACACUCUAUAAUAGAGCCCCCUUCAGAGUUUGAUCAUGCAGAGAAGGGAGAAGCAUUGUAUGCUAUGGAGUUAGCAUUGUCUUUGGAGAAGCUGACAAAUGAAAAGCUCUUAAACUUGCAUAAGGUGGCGGAGCAUAACAAUGAUGCCCAAUUGACAGAUUUUAUAGAGACCGAGUUUCUGGCUGAGCAGGUUGAAGCCAUAAAGAAGACAGCUGAUUAUGUCACUCAAUUGCGGAGGGUUGGAAAAGGCCAUGGAGUGUGGCACUUUGAUCAAACGCUCCUUCAUGAGGGAGCUUAA